AUGUGCUAUCUGGCACUGCUGAUUGGGCUUCAGUACAACAAAAAUGCGUUCUAUACUGCUCCUGGUCAAAGAGUGAGAAAACAAAAAACUGAAGAACAGAUAGCUGAAGAAAAAUUACAAGAGGAUUUGAAAUCUGAUUCAUGGAUUGUGAGAUGGGGUGCUAAAGUAAGAACAAAAGAAUUCAAAAAGAAAAUGACCUGGUACUAUAUUGGCUGCUAUAUUUUGUUUCUACUGUUUGGUUAUAAGUAUAUGCGUGGUGUUUAUAAUAAAGAGAAGGAAGUUGAAGCUAUAAGUCAAAAACAAUUGAGCCACAACACCAGUGAAUAUGACGAAUUGAGGUUCAAAGAACUCACGGGAAAACUUAGAAGAAGAGAUGAGUUGAAACUUGCAGAAUAUAAUAAACUUAAAGAACAAGGUGUUGAAGAUUUUGAAAAUGUUAAGGUUGACAUUGAAAGUCAAAACACUUCUAAUCAAUCAAUUUUACCAGCCAGAGAUACAACUCCUUUUUAUGAUGAUAAAGCGGAAGAAUAUGAUUCCGAAAUUAACUGGGAAGAGAAAAUGGUAUUCAUGGGAAGAAGAAGAAAAUGGUUAAUGAAGCAUUGUACAGGUGAUGUAUUGGAAGUUGCAUGUGGUACUGGCCGUAAUGUUAAAUAUCUUGAUAUGACACAGAUUCAUUCAAUUACAUUUCUUGACUCUUCAUCCAAGAUGAUGGAAAUUGCAAACCAAAAAUUCAGAGAAAAAUUUCCAACUUAUAAGAAUGCUGCAUUUGUUGUUGGAAGAGCAGAAGAUUUAGUUGAAUUAGCACAAGACAAAACCAAGAAAAAUGAAUUAUUAGUCAAGGAUAUUGAUGAUAAUAAACUUCAAGUGACUGACGCCAGCACAAAUAUCAAAUAUGAUACGAUUAUAGAGGCUUUUGGUAUUUGCUCACAUGAAGAUCCAGUCAAAGCUCUCAAAAACUUUUCAACUUUAUUGAAACCAGGUGGUAGAAUUGUCCUACUUGAGCAUGGUAGAGGUGAAUAUGAUUUCAUCAACAACAUUCUGGAUGGUAGAGCUGAAAAAAGACUGGAAACUUGGGGUUGUAGAUGGAAUUUAGAUAUCGGUGAGAUUCUUGAUGAUUCUGGCUUAGAAAUUACAGAAGAGAAGAGAACACAUCUUGGUACUACUUGGUGUAUUGUUGCAAAGAGAAAAGAUGAUUCGAAAAAGAAGGAAGAAAUCGGAUUCGUUGAGAAAUAUAUCUCGCCAGGUAUUCAAAAACGUGUUAAAGAAGUUUACAACAAUGCUGACACUGGAAAGAAAUGA